AGCGCGCGCGCUCUGCAUUUCAAAAAUCGAACGCGAAUAACGAACUUUUUUAUUUCGAACUAGUGAUGCGAACGUAGUAAAUAUCGAUAAGGUUUUUUUUUAUAUAUUUUCUAUGUUUAAUAAUGCUAUUUUAUUGCUGAAAUAAUACAAAAUUAGACAGAGUUUUGAGUGUGUGGGGGAUGAUAUUUUAAUUUGAAUUUUUAAGUGAAAAGUGAAAAUGGGUUGUAGACAGUUUUUGUCAGUGUGUGUGGCGGUGGCGUGUUUAUAUUUGGCUGUAAUUACACAAGGACAGGGUCAAACGAAGACCAUCCCCAGGACGAGGUUCACAUGCGUUGGGCGAACUUCAGGAUAUUAUGCCGACGUGGAGGCCGGGUGCCAGGUGUACCAUAUGUGUGACGGCCUGGGCCGGCAGUUUAGCUACACCUGCCCGAACACCACACUCUUCCAGCAGCGGAUGCUGAUCUGCGACCAUUGGUACAUGGUCAACUGUUCUGCCAGCGAGGGAGACUACGACGCCAAUCUACUUAUAGGUCAGCGUGACAAACCAUUCGUGUCAGAGCACGAUAUGCAGCUGCGGACCCCUCGGCCUGACAUUCUCUCCGUGCCUCCCAAUAAUAACUACUUCGAUGGUCUGAGGGAGGCGGAAACUAAGUACGCGAUCCACCCGAGCAACAGCAUCGUGGGAAUCCCGGACACCAUCUCCACCAACAACGGGCUCGACAGCGCCAAGCAGACCUACCGCCCCCCCACCUCCUGGUCCACCGGCGUCGGCAGACCCCGGCCCAACUCCCAGGGAAGCGAAGACACUGGCCCUAGCAGACCAAAUAGACCCACCACCUACUCCCAGGGAACCGAAGACUCCUUCACUGGUCCUAGUAGACCAAAUAGACCGACAACCUACUCCCAGGGAAGCGAAGACACCACUGGUCCUAGCAGACCCAUAACUCAACAGACAGAAGACAGUUUCCCCGGAGCCAGCUCGAAACAAACUUCAAAUGCUCAAAAUCGCCCUCAUAACCAACCUAGGCCACUGAAUCGCCCCGAAAGACCAAGACCUACUCCUAACGUGCAAACUAAUCUACCUGAUGAUGAUAUUACGGGUGCUGCUUCCCAAAGACCGAGCCCUACCUUCCAGCCUAACACUCAAAACACUGGCUUCACUGGAUCAACAGGAUUCCAUGAUUCUUCAGUAAGUUCUACGACAGAAGCUAGCUCAGAAGAAUUUGAGCUUGAUAUAAGAAUGAAAAACACAGUAGACCCUGUAGUUAACUUUAUAAACAGAUUUGAUCCCAACUCACCAGAUUCUCACAAAACUUCUAUGACGAAAACUGAGAUUAUUAACCUAAACCAGCAGUUACCUGAUGCUCAAGUCAGUUCAGAAGAAGAUAGAACACCUAGAAGGAACAAAGGUAACGGAAAUAAUGUUAAUAGAAUAGCUGACCAAGGUAAAGGGGUUACGGAAAGCAGCAGAUUUGAUACAGUUAACAUUAAACCUACUGAGUCAUUCGAUCCUUUAGCGCCUAGUAAAGAGCUUCAACCGCCAAAACGCGACAGUACAGACCCACCAACAUCAACUAUAGGGCCUCCUAUUUACUAUGAAUGGAAAUGGGCAGUGCCAGCUUUCGGGCUAGAGCCUCCUAAACUAGGUAACAUAAGUAAUGAAAAUGAGACGGAGACUCCUGAAGGUAGAAACGUUAAAACGAAUCCGUUCAGCACAGUAACUCGACCAACGCCAGUAGAAGAAGUAGUGACUGCUAAGAAUACGGAAUAUAACAUUAGUUCUUACUUUGUUCCUGAUUAUGUCUUUCCUUUAGACAAGCCUCAUCCAGGGUAUGAAGAUGAGAAUGCUGAGACUUCCUUCAGUGUGAAGGUGUCUCGACCGGGAAGAGCAAGUUAUGGGGAGAACCCGAAUUGCCCUCAGUGCCACCCCGCGUACGUAAUUCCCGGGACUUGCGAGCCUUGUGUGGUGAAACGGUAACUCAGACGGCCAUAGAUAUACUUUAAGAAUCAUGGGCGCGUGCGUGAAUUGUCUAAAACCCAUUAUCUGCCUCUCUAUCGCUCUAGCGUAUUCGAGGGACAGAGGCAGAAAACUCUAGGUUUUUGAUUUUUCCGAUAGAUUACCUGACGGUUUAGCACAACUUGCGUUGUCGCGCGCGAGUUCAUACAUCAAGCGCGACUUCAAGUAUGGACUCGCGGGCGAGAGCGCAAGUUGUGUUAGACUAGACAAGACGUUUAUAUCAACUAAACAACUUUUACAUUAGAUUUUGAUUUAUGGGAUGCCUUUUGGAAGCUAAUGAUGAAGAAUGUUUUUUUCUGUUUUUUAACUUCGUGUCAUAGUUAAGUUUAGUAUGACUUGCGUUACAAAAUUGUCCUAAGGAUUGAAAAAGUCAAAAGUUGCCAAUUUAGGGUAAGAAAUACUCUCCAUUCAACCAACGCGCAUGGAGUAUACAUUAACGUAUGAGAACUUAUAGAGGGCAGCACCUGCUUACUAAAUCUCAUAUCAAGUAAUAGUUUUCAUUUUAUGCCACAUUUUAUGCAAGAUAGUUCACGCACGGUCGUCAAUGUAAAACGUAGAAAUCAAUGAUAAAUAUUCAGUGCGUACACACUGUGCAAAUUAUUGUAGAAUAUUUGUUGGUCAACGUUUGUAUGGUGUGUCCGCACUUGAGUAAAAUAUACGAUUGUUAAGUUUUAGAUAUGCAGGGUCCAAUCAGAUGGAUAUUUGCAAAUAAAGAUGCUGUUAAUAAUUAAUUACAAUGUCGUUAGUUUUAAAAUACAUUAUUGUAGUUUGUACAACAGCCCGGCAAAAAAGAGAAGAAAUUAAUAGAGGCGCCACCGUCUAUGUAAACCGUUUUGCAUGUGACAACUGUUGAGCCACUUUAGUAUGAGAACAGUAAGUGUUGCUAUGAUAAAAAAAAUAGUUCCAUUUCUACUCUUUUUUGCCAAACUGUACUACCAUAGACUAAAAUAGUUUUUUAAAGGUAGACGAGCAUUUCUUAAGUUUUAUUACAGCCUGUAUUAUAUAGCGGGUACUGAAGAAACUCUCAUGACAGCUUUUUAAUUUAAAACUUAAUAGUAAUAGACUCAACCCAAAUGUAAAGUUCAAACGCAUUAUUUAAUAAGAUUAAUUUUAUUUAUAGUAACCACCUGAAUAUACUGGAAACCAUAACCAAAUAAAAAAUAUAUAUAAAAAAAAUGACGCCGUGGCGGCGAACAACUUUUGUCGAUUUUAAAAUGAUACGCGACGCGUAUCAUACGCCACACGUAAAAAACCUUGAUGACACACCUCUCGUGUCAUCCGCACAGAAACGGUUAAAAAACAUGUACCUAAUGAUUGUGUUUUUUUUUUAGAAUUUUGUUAUUGUUUCUAGUAUAGUAACACACUUAAAGUAAUAAAUAGAUACAUAAAUGUACCUAUUACUUUGCCCGUCUUAGCCUAAUAAUUGUAUUAGUAACCCUAUUUUGUAAAAAAGUAUAGUUAUACAUAAAUACCUAUGUAUGUACAGUCAUGACAUAAAGACGAAGUCAGCUUUAGAUUUAUUUACUGUUUAUUUAUACAGAUAGUUUUAUAAAGUUGCCUGUAAUACUGUAUAAAAUGUGCCUAUUACCAAUUAAAAUAUUUUUACAAAU